CUAUACUUGAUUGCUUAAUCUGUUGUUAGAAAGGGUUUACAAAGAAAGGCUCUCACAACACUUCCUGCCCACACAGGUCUUAGCAUGGAUGAGACCCGCAGUAGCUCGAGACCGGCAUCCUCCCAAUGCCAUUCCCCUCCUGUGAGCCCCUGGAGAAACAUGGUGGAAUAUUUCAAGAAUCUUGUUAAGAACUCGAUAUCUCAGAAGUUUCGCCAUUGGGUAAAGGACUACUGCAAAAGGAAUGGAUUGCUCACCUUGUCUGUGUUGGCCGUGAUAUCAGGUUGUGUGGUGGGGUUCACAUUAAGAAGCUUGAACUUGUCAACACAGGCAAAAAUCUACUUUUCUUUUCCUGGAGAACUUCUCAUGAGAAUGCUGAAAAUGUUAAUUCUUCCUCUCAUCACAUCCAGUUUAAUGUCUGGCUUGUCUGCAAUGGACACCAAGGCCAGUGGACGCCUGGGCCUUCUCACCAUCACAUACUAUCUAUGGACUACCUUCAUUGCUGUAAUUGUUGGAAUUAUUCUAGUGCUUAUCAUUCAUCCUGGAACUGGUACUGAGAAAGAAGGGCAUAAAGCUGCAGGAGGGCCAGUGAUGACAUCUGCUGAUGCCCUACUUGAUUUGAUCAGGAACAUGAUCCCAUCCAAUCUGAUUGAGGCCACAUUUCAGCAGUAUAAGACAGAGCUUGUGCCUAAUUUUAAAAACAGUGCGAAAUCAUCACAAGCCAACUUUGUUUACAUCAUGCCAGACUACGACAACCCCAGAAUGGGUCACCCAGUGUUUCUGGAACUCACGCCUCCUCCUGAGAUUCACUACAAGAUCGUUCCAGGGAAAAGUAAUGGGAUGAAUGUGCUAGGAAUCGUCAUUUUCUCAGCCACUAUGGGUCUUCUGCUUGGUAGAAUGGGAUCCAGAGGCACUCCUUUAGUGAACGUGUGUCUAUGUAUCAAUGAGUGUGUCAUGAAGAUCAUUAAUGCUGCUAUGUGGUACUUCCCAUUUGGAAUCGUAUUUCUGGUUGCUGGAAAGAUCCUGGACAUGCAUGAUCCUGCGGUCCUUGCAGAAAAGCUGGGGAUGUACUUCAUAACUGUCCUGGCAGGGCUGUUCGUCCAUGGUGUGAUUUUGCUACCAAUGUUCUUCUUCCUGUUCACCAGGAAAAACCCCUUCAGCUACAUCCGUGGCCUCCUUCAGGCUCUGGUUAUCGCUUUGGCAACUUCAUCCAGUUCAGCUACUCUGCCCAUUACAAUGAAGUGUUUGCUGGAAAACUGCCGUGUGGAUCGGAAAAUAGCUCGAUUUGUGCUUCCUGUUGGUGCCACCAUUAAUAUGGAUGGCACAGCGCUUUAUGAGGCAGUGGCAGCCAUCUUCAUCGCACAGGUCAACGAGUAUGAGCUAGACUUUGGACAACUUGUUACAAUCAGUAUCACAGCUACAGCAGCAAGUAUUGGAGCAGCUGGAAUUCCUCAGGCUGGUCUUGUUACCAUGGUUAUUGUUCUUACCUCAGUAGGUUUGCCUCCAGAUGACAUCUCACUCAUUGUUGCCAUUGACUGGAUCUUGGAUCGAUUUCGAACAAUGAUCAACGUACUUGGAGAUGCUUUAGCGGCAGGAAUCAUGGCUCACGUGUGCAAAAAGGACUUUCAGAAAGACAUCCCAUCAACAGCCAACUCAGAGAGAAGAGAUACUAUGAUAUCCUUUGGAAACCAAAGUGUGCAGAGUUUUCCCACUUCUGAGGUUCCACUACUGGCCAACAGGGACUACAUCUUAGAGGUUAUUGGGGAUCAGGUGAUUGAGAAGCCGACUGCCUGUUACAACCUCUGCCAAGUCUAACUUUGACUGGCGUUACCAAGCAGGAACAGAAGUUGCCUUUACCUCACAAAAAACCUUCCCCCCUUUUCUUUCCUUUGUUACACACUUGUGCCAUUCUGUUUUUACAUGAGAUAAUACUCUCACCUAAAGUC